AAGGUUAAACUAGCAGAGAGUCGUCCUAUAAAAUAUGUUAGAGCGCCACCUCUCCGUACUGGUAAUGAAAUUGGUUCUGAUAAAGAAGAAUUAGAUCCUAGAGCAAAUGUAGAAUUAAUAAAUUCAACAUCCGCAGUAGUAACUUUCAAUCCUUCUAUUCAAAGACAAAAGGAACUUGCUAAGCAUUUAGGAACUGAAGCGAAUGAUGGCCUUGCUGGUCAAUUUAUAGUUCAAUAUGAUGUUGAAAGAGAUCCCUUAGGAGGAGAAGUUUUACUGGACGAUGGUUAUUUUGUUCACUUUUUUGCUCCCAGUGAUUUAGAUCCAUUGCCAAAACAUGUGGUCUUUGUUUUGGAUACUAGUGGCAGCAUGUUUGACAGAAAAAUUGCCCAAUUGAAAGAAGCCAUGAAAAGCAUAUUGGAAGAGCUUAAAAGUUCUGAUAAAUUUAAUUUAGUUGAAUUUAAUACCGAUGUAAAGGUAUGGAAUUUACAGAAUGGUACAGAAAGUACGCUGUAUCCUCCAGGAGGAGCAUCAUGGGCCUAUGAGGGGACAAAUGUUAGCUUAGAGGAUAUUCGAUUUCCUCCAGCUUAUUCAGUUAAUAAAGAAAACAUAGAAAAGGCAAAAAAUACAGUGUCAGGUUUUGAACCGAAUGGAGGAACUAAUAUCAACGAUGCACUUAAAGUUGCAUUGCAUUUAAUUGAAGAUGAGCGGAAGAGUAAUAAGGGUUCCGAUAAGUUGCAGCCUUUGAUCAUAUUUUUAACGGACGGAGAACCUACUGUAGGAGUUUAUAGCACUGAUCAAAUAGUUGCCGAG